GUUUUUCUUAAUGGCCCAAGAAUUGUUCACAUGUGCUGAUGUGAGGUGGAAUUUUGCUGGACCAUCAAUUUGGCCAGCCCAAUUAGGUCUCCACAUGCAUGAGUGAGCGAUCGUGUCAAGUUUGCGCAGCUUAGCAUGCACUUUGUCCUUGUCCAUCGGAAACAAAAUAUCAUUAGGCGAAGGAGGGAGAUGGAGAUGGCUAUAAAUAUGGAAUUCUGUGGAGAUGAGUUGGUUUGUGCCAAAAGAAAGCUAUCUGGGGAGAGAGAAGUCACCUCACGAUGAAGAGGCUGGUGAUCCUCAGGAGGUGCGAGCCGAUCGUGCGGUUCAGCUGCUGCAGCGUGCGGUACGGCGACUGCCGCCGCAACCAUGCCGCGAGCACUGGGGGCUACGCCGUGGACGGGUGCCGGGAGUUCAUCGCUGAUGGCGAGGAGGGCACCUUAGCCGCGCUCAAGUGCUCGGCCUGCGGCUGCCACCGCAGCUUCCACCGCAGGGUGCAGGUCUACGAGGUUGCAUGGGACUGCGAGUCCGACGAGUCAUCGUCCUCGAGCAGCAGCUAGGCCGCCGCUGUUCCACGCCCCAUCUGAGGAGGUGCCAAGCUGCAGCUGUGGGUGCAUCAUGUCUAGUCUAGGACCCCUAUGAUUGUCAGCUGAUCUGUGUGCUGAAACACCUAGUAACUCAAGUGAUCAUCUCUAGUGUACUAUCAUCUCUGGUGCUUCUCGUUUGUUCCGUCCUCCUAGUUGUAAUCCCAUGCAAGCCCAUAUUAUGUAUAUCUAUGUAUUUGCUUCUCUGAA